ACCUUACUGAACCCUGAAACAUUAUUUCGCUUUACAAUUAAUCUACAAUGUACACCUCUCACAGCGGCAAACGUACGAUUCAGCAAUUGCCCAUCCCAUCACGAAAGGGCCACAAUGCGAUUCUCAAGGCAAACUACAUUGAAGACAUUAUCCACGCAAUAGGAGAAUGGAGCUGCGAGCGACUGGUUCUCGUCUACUCGAAAGCACUUGACGCUAACACAGACGUUGUGUCGGAGCUCAAAAAAAAGCUCGGCCACUUCAUCGUCGGCAACAAGGCUGGUGUUGGUGCACACUCGCCGUACCAGGAUGUUUUAGAGAUCACGAGUCUCCUCAAUGAGAGAGGAGCGGACUGUCUGCUCAGCAUAGGGAGUAGCAGCUACUCAGACGCCUGCAAGAUCGCGCGACUGAUGCAGACAAAUCUGGCUCCACAGAAGUUGACACCAGAGGCGAUGGAAGCUCUCGUCAACCAAGAAAAGGGCACAGUAGAUGAUCUCAAGAACCCCACAACACGCCUCAUACUUGUACCGACCAGUCUCAGCGCUAGCGAAUGGAACAACACAUCAUCAGCGACGAGCCCCACGACCAAGAAGAAGCAGCACUUCUCCAGUCCAAACGCGGCGCCCGAUCUCAUCUUGCUAGAUCCAGAGGUAGCUUCGACAUCGCCAAGGAAGCUAUGGCUCGCGUCUGGCAUACGAGCUGUGGACCACUGUGUGGAGACGAUGGUCAACGAUCAGUGCAAUUUUGACGCCUUCCAUCACAUGGAAGACGCUCUUGCCGUUCUCCUCAAAGGCCUCAAAGACUACAGAGAAGGUGAAAGUAAUAGGGAUCACGAGGAACUUGUUGACGGCAUCAGUCAAUGCCAACUUGGCAGCAGAAACGCGAUGAUGGGAUUGCUGCUCUGGAGCAUACCCAUGGGUCCGUCGCAUGCCAUUGGCCGUCAGCUAGGCAGCAUCUGCGGCGUGAUGCACGGAGUGACAUCUUGCAUCAUGCUGGCACCUGUACUGCGGUACACGUAUGAACGCAAUGAUAAACAGAAGGAAGUACAGAACAAAUUGUUGCAGAUAUGGAACAAGAUUCUCAAGACAGACGAGAAGAGUCUUGCCGAUGCAGUGGAAAACUUUGUGGAGAUGCUGAACUUGCCGCGUACGCUGAGGGAGGUCGAAGUGACCAAGGAUGAGGUGAUUGAGAAGGUUGCUGAGAGCACCUUGACGGAGAUGCUCGGAGCUCAAGACGGUCUGGCGGGGAGUAAGGAUCAAAUUUUGAAGAUCCUUAAUAUGGCACGGGGGUGAAUGGGUGUGAGACGUCUCAAAUUGGUGUUUAUAAAGAGCGGCUUAUUGACUUUGUUCUAUGUUCAAACAGCUAAGAUCACGGUGCAGGAACAAGAAAGCUGUGGGGGCAGGCACCGAAUGGCUUGAUGCAUGCCGGGCCGCCUCCGACAAUGAAGGUAGUAAAGUUGUUGUAGAUAGCAGUGGUGUGUUUACACUUUUGGACGGCAUGGAU